ACGACGACGACGACGACGACGACGACGACGACGACGACGACGACGACGAAGACGAAGACGAGGACGACGACGACGACGACGACGACCUCGACUAGGCCUACAAAUCUUUAAGACUGAAGAUUCCUCAAACUACCAAUGAGUUUGGCCGUGUUGCGCUGUGUUCGGUCCUACUCCUUUUACUAAUUGCGUGUGUGAUGCCCGGGAGUCGCUCCAGCACGGACCCAGAUCAUAAGUCACCGCGAGAAAGUGGUGAGGACUCCGAGGAUGAAAGCGAGAUCCUGGAAGAGAGCCCCUGUGGGCGGUGGCUCAAACGCAGGGAGGAGGUAUAUGUAGGUUCUAAACCAACAUCAGCCGAAGGAACUAGCUUUGGUACAACCAGAGGUAGUGAAAACGAAACAACUGAAAUGGAGGUAGAGCAACAAGAUGUUCCAGGAAUUGACUGUGCUUAUUUAGCAAUGGAUACAGAGGAAGGUGUAGAAGUUGUAUGGAAUGAGGUACAAUUUUCAGAAAGGAAAAACUUUAAAGCACAAGAAGAAAAGAUACAACUUGUUUUUGAGAAUCUCACACAAUUGGAGCAUCCUAAUAUUGUCAAAUUUCAUAGGUACUGGACGGAUACCCACAAUGACAAACCACGAGUUAUAUUUAUAACAGAAUAUAUGUCAUCUGGAUCCUUGAAACAGUUCCUAAAACGAACCAAACGUAAUGUAAAAAAAUUGCCUCUUCAAGCAUGGAAACGGUGGUGUACGCAAAUACUUUCUGCAUUAAGUUAUCUGCAUUCCUGUUCUCCUCCUAUUAUUCAUGGGAAUCUUACAUGCGAUACUAUAUUUAUUCAACAUAAUGGACUUGUAAAAAUUGGCUCAGUGGCACCUGAUGCAAUUCAUCAUCAUGUCAAGACUUGUAGAGCUAAUAUGAAAAAUAUGCAUUUUGUUGCUCCUGAAUAUGGAAAUUCUGUGACACCCGCUAUUGAUAUCUACUCUUUCGGAAUGUGCGCAUUAGAAAUGGCAGCACUUGAAAUUCAAGGGAAUGGCGAUAGCGGAACAAUUGUUACUGACGAAAACAUCAGGAAAACAAUCGAAUCUUUAGAUGAUAGUCAACAGAAAGAUUUUAUACGCAAGUGUCUCGAAGUGGAUCCUCUGUGUAGGCCAAGUGCUAGAGAACUACUGUUCCAUCCGGUUUUGUUUGAAGUACAUUCUCUAAAACUUCUUGCGGCACAUGCCUUGGUCAACUCGGCCACAAACAUUUCCGAAACGAUAACGGAUGAAGUUUUGCAAAGGCUGUAUGGUCCAGAUACGGUAGUCGCAGAAAUAAAAUACCAAGGUCGAUCGGUACAACAAAUUCGCUUAAGUGACAUACCUGUUACAGAAAAGUUAGAAAAAUUUGUUGAAGAUGUAAAAUAUGGAAUAUAUCCCUUAACCGCAUUUAUGGCAAAAUUGCCUCCACCUGCUCGACCUAGAGCUAUAUCUCCAGAGGUAACAGAAUCUGUUAAAUCUGUAACACCGGAACCAGUUGAUGUGGAAUCACGAAGGGUAGUUAAUAUGAUGUGUAAUGUUAAACCUAGAGAAGAAAGUUGUGAAUUACUUAUGACAAUAUUGUUACGAAUGGAUGAUAAAAUGAAUAGGCAGCUGACGUGCCCUGUGACUCAAUCAGAUACUUCAUUGAUUCUUGCACAGGAACUUGUACACUUUGGAUUUAUUAACGAAAAUGAUCGCGAUAAAAUAGCCAAUUUAAUUGAAGAAGCAUUGAGAAGUUGUUUCAAUAAGCAAAUGAUGAUGCCAGGGAUGGUGUCGUUAACCAAUCUUCCUACACAGACUACUUUGUUGCUGCCUGGUCCAGAAUUUUCCUGUUUACAGCACUUUGAUAACUCUGUGUGCAAUGCUGCGACAUCCAACAGUGAUAAUGCAAUUAAUUUGCUGCCAAAAAUCUCAGGUCUCUCUGUGUCAAGUAAUAAAACGAAUAAAAGUCACGAUGAAGUAGAACCACCAACGAUUACCGAAAGUGGUAGUUAACCAUCCAGGACGUCUGGUAAAUCAGUUCACUGUGCCACUUUGCACGCUCUAUGUAUAGACUGGCUAUGUAUUUUUAUAUUUAAGUAAAGAGAAGAAGAGAUUGAAAGUAUAGGAGAAGAGGCGCCGUGGCUACAUCACUAAGCUAAUCGCAAUUCUAGUAUGAACGAAUAGUACGCUUGUGCAAAGCAUUUCAUGACAGUCAAGUACUAACAAUCCAAACUUUUAACAUUUUUAAAAGUUUUAAGCCUUGUUUUUAAUCAUCGGAAAUAAGGUCACUGCAAGCAUAUUUUGCUUUUAAAGGGAUGUUUUUUUAUCGAGGAAAUCACGAAAAUACGUUUUUUGAAACAUGCCUUUCUCGUAUUCGUUGCAAUAGAAACUCGAUCUAAGUGUUACUACUUUAUGCACAACCACGGGAAUGCUUAAUAAAGUAGCAACGAUCUUCGUUACGAACGAUAUGGACAGAUAUACAGUUGGGAUUAUUAUAUUAUUUUUAUUUGAAAAUUUUAAAUUAACGAGUGUAAAAUGAAAUUUUGUGAUAUAAAUAUAAAGGAAAUGGCCAUUACAUUAUAAAUGUACACGAAUAAUGCUUUAUUGUAUCAUACAUGUACGAAUAAGCGUUGUGCCAUCAAAUAUCUUGUAUAGUAAGACAAAACAGCUCAUUAUUAUGAAUCAGCACUAUUUACUUAUAUGCGUUUAUAUUAAAAAUUUUUUAACUGUUCAAGAAUGAAUAAUGCUCAAUAUGGUGCUAAUAAAAAGCUAAUAGCAUUUAACAUAAAAAAAAAAAAAAAAAUUACUUUAUCUACACAUUCCGGAUCGAUAAAUAGUAUCGCGCCAAUGAUUUGUAUCACGAUAUAAUAAUUGCUCUUUUAAAUGAUGCAACACACAACGUUUUUGUAAUUUUUGCAAUUUUCCGAUAUCGAAUUUAAUUUUUUAUGAAGAUUUAGUGAAGACGAGAUGAUAUGAUAUGAUAUGAUAUGAUAUAUGAUAUGAUAUGAUAUGAUAUGAUGCGGUAUGGUGUGGUAUGGUAUGGUAUGGUAUGGUAUGAUGUGGCGUGUGACGUUUAGCGUGCGCGCGUGCGUGUUCCUUUUUAUUGUAUUCAAUUUUGUCGAGUGGGUAUGCCUAAUUUGAUUUUCAUAAGAAACAAAAGGAUGCCACGGCCCUGUUAUACUUGGGUAUUAUUGAUGUGAUUAAACCAUCGUUAUUAAAUCUCGAUAAAAUUAGCUGAAAUCCUUGUAAAUAAUUUAUAUUUUUAAGAAAAUCUGUUGAAACAGAAAACUAGUCAUAUAGGUAUAUUUGAGUGCUAACAAACUAACACCGACCUUGUUAUGUCUUUUGCAUUUGUAACACAAAUAUGUGCUUGGCAAAAACAUAUUGCUGCAAUUUCAUACCUCAUUAAAAUCGAUUUCAGUGACACAUCUCACUUUGCAAAUGACUAACCAUUAGUGGUAAUCUUACCAACAACAUAAAUUUUGACUUUAAAUAUGUAAGUAGAUUAUCGAAAUUAAAAUCAAUGUAUAGCUUUGUAAUUCGAAUUAUAAAAAAUGAAAAAAGUACGAUGACUGAAGCGUGGAUAUUAUGACCGGACUGUACGAUGACAAUGGUGAAAUAAAUACUGUAAUUCCGAA